AAAAAAAAAAAAAGAAAAGAAAGAUGUUGAAACAUCCUAGACUGGCAUUUGAUGACACGUCCAGGCGAUGCAAAGGAAAUGAACGAGAGAGGCCAGUCAUCUAUACCAACUUCCUGUUGCGCUGUCUCGUCGAUUCCAUCGCUGUUUGCGCGAGAGACUCUCCCGCUAUCACUUCGAUCACUGUCGAUGGGAUCCCAUUGACGUUGAAGUAUCUCAACAUCCUGUGUUCCGGUUUGAGAAGCAACGAGAAGCUGACAAGUUUGUCUCUGACGAGGUGUCACAUAGGAGACGUCGGUUGCGAUUUGCUGUUGGGCAGCUUGAGGAACAAUCCAAAGUUGUGUGUCUUGAAUUUGUCGUCGUGUUGGUUGUCCGACAGAAGCGCCAUGAACCUGUCGCUGUUUUUGAAGAGGAGGAAGGCCGACUUGUUGCAGAACGUUUGGGAACAGUCCUCUGUACAGUCUCGCGAUGAAAAUUCUGACAAGAAGGUCCAGGGUUUGCAGACGCUGAUCCUAAACCAGAAUCCAAAACUUGGGGACACUGGUUUGAAGCAAUUAAUCUACGCGUUAAAGAGCGACGUCUGGCUGAGAUCCUUGAGUUUGAGACACUGUGGCAUCAGCAAACACGGAGCGGAAAUGAUGAUUCGGCUCUUACAAUCAAAUACCAGAAUCACGAGGCUAGAUCUUACUGAAAAUCGUAUACCUAUUAACACUCUGCAGAUGAUAUUGAGGAUACUGAAGAGAAGGCGAGAGGUAGUCGAAAGUAUGAAGACGAGACUCUGCAUGGAUUUGCGGCGAGGCAUGCUGAAUAAAAAUGGAAUCCACGGAUUUCCACAGAAACAUGGGAAAAGUUUACAAAACAAAACAGAGAGACUCAAGAAAUAUUCAGCGCGGAGACAUCGUUGGAAGAAGAUCCAAAGAUUCGACAAGGGAAUGAGGCAAUCAAAGGAGAUAGAAGUUUCCAAAGAAGAUCAAAGUCGAAUGAAGAAGCUCGGUAACCUGGAAUCGCAAUUGUCAAGUCUAGUCGAGUCGAAUUUCAAGCUGAAGGAGGAACUUUCGAGCAACAAAGCGCUGUUAGACGCGGAAGCGCGGCAAAGAUCGAGAAUGGAAGACGAAUUACAGAAAGUGUCGCUUCGAUUGAACGAUCUUAAAAGCAAGGUUGUCAUGUUAAAUUGCGUUUCCUCGACAGCCUGCAACGAGAGUCAUUUGCUAAAGGGUUUGAGGUACAUUUUCGAGAAGUUGGAGUCGUCGUUCUCGAUCGCGGCACAGAAGGACGAGGAAGCUGUUCUAAACAACGCGGAACCAUUAUGGUCGUCACCGUUGGCACAUCAGAUGGAAGACAAUUUCGUAAAUUGCUUACAACGAAGCAACGUAGCUUUAUUCUCCGCUGAAAAUAUUGCCAUAUGUCGAAUAUCGCCGCGAACUAUGGGCCUGGACCAAUUUCAAUUUCAACCUCCGUUACAAAGAAUCGAAUGGGAACCUUUCAUUUCCGCGGGACAAAACCGCGUCACGUCAACUCCUCCUUCCCGUAACAAGCAUUCCGAACGACAAGUGGAAAUGCUGUCGAAACAUGAUCCGAUGGCGAAACCGAUCAAUGUCGGUUGGAGCAAUAUCGUUUUCGUCGAUUCCCGGUUUUCACCGGUGUCGGCACACAGCCGGCCCCUUCUCUAUCCCAGAAAUCAACCGAAACGUCAUUCCGGUCCGGGAAUCAUGUGCAAUGGCGGUUCUCCCGAUGACAAAAAUCCGUACGUCGGCUUAUGCGGUUCGGUGUCGUGUACCAACUGA